AUGGCUGUCUUCAGCGCGGUGCUCAACACUGUUGGCGCAUUGUUCCUGACACAUGCUGUCUACUCCGCACACGAACACACCACCGCCUUCGCCAACACCCCGCUCCCCCUCGACAUCACCCUCGAGCUCCUCGUCGGCGUCCUCAUUCUCUCAACCGGCAUCGUAGCCUCGGCAGACAAAUUGAAGCCAAUUCAAUACGCCAACUGGGCAGGUCAGAUGUCUCGGGAGGGCAGGAAACCCGAGGGCAAAUAUACAAGAGAAGGAGAGGAGAUCUUGAGCGAGGGCGACCCGUAUGCUUUCUUGGGCCUCGAUGGUGGGAUUGGCGGCAAAGGAGAGGGACGAAGGGGGUUUUGGGAUGUUAAGGGGAAGAGGAAGGAGUACAACGAGUGGGUAAGGGGAAAGCAGUAG